UACGUAUCUGUCUUUCUUCCUCGGUGUUCCUCAGAGUAGGUUGGGACACGUGCAGCGAGCAGUAAUCGUUUGACCUUAUUCUACACGUCCAUUUCGUCGAAACGCAACACACAGCAGAACCAUGGUGAAAUUAGCGAAGGCAGCAAAGAAACAAGCUAACCCCAAGAAAAAGGCCCCACCACCUCCUAAAGAGGUGGAAGAGGAAUCCAGUGAAGAAGAAAGUGAGGAAGAGGCCCCACCGAAAGCAGUAGCGAAGAAGGCUGUCACACCAGCCAAACCAGUACCCAAAGCGGCUAAAAAUGGCAAAGCAGCAAAAAAAGCAGAAAGCGAAGAGGAUGAUGACUCCGAGGAAGAGUCUGAGGAGGAAGCCCCCCCACCCAAGAAGACCCCAGCCAAAGCCACACCUGCAAAGAAAGCUCCAGCCAAGGCAGAAGAGUCAGAUGAUGACGAUGACGACGACGAUGAUGAAGAAUCAGAGGAGGAGGCCCCACCCCCAAAGAAGGGUGCUGUCAAGCCCUCAGUGAAGGUCACUGCAGCUAAGGAGGAGUCUGACGACGACGACGAUGGUAAGGAUGGGGGCCCGCUGCCGAUCUUGAGCGGUGCACACUCUGAGGAAGAGGAGAUGGACACCACCCCGGCCCCCGCAGCAAAGAAAGCAGGCAUGGUUAAGGCUAAGGAGGAGUCUGAAGAUGAUGAUGAUGAUGACGAAGAUGAUGAUGAGGAUGACGAGGAGGAGGAUGAUGAUGAGGAAGAUGAGGCCCCAGCGACACCUGCAAAGAGAAAGGCUGACAACAAAAAGGAGACCCCGCCUGCCAAGAAGGCCAAGUCAGAGAGCGACGAAACGUUCUGUCUAUUUGUCGGCAACCUGAACUCAAACAAGGACUUUGAUGAAAUCAAAGAAGCCUUGGCAGCUUUCUUCUCAAAGAAGAACCUUGAAGUUCAGGACGUCAGACUUGGCGCAUCAAAGAAGUUUGGCUACGUGGAGUUUGCCUCAGCGGAGGACAUGCAGACAGCCAUGGAGCUGAACGGCAAGAAGUUCAUGGGACAGGAGUUGAAGAUGGACAAGGCCCGCAGCAAAGGGGACUCCCAAGAGGACAAGAAAGACAGGGAUGCACGGACCUUGUUUGUGAAGAACCUGCCCUUCUCGGCCACACAAGACGACCUGAGGGAAGUGUUUGCGGACGCCGUUGAAAUCAGAAUACCCCCGGGCCAGGAUGGUUCCAACAGAGGCAUUGCCUACAUUGAGUUCAAGACUGAGGCCGUUGCGGACCAGAUGCUAACGGAGGCCCAGGGUGCCGAUGUCCAGGGACGCUCCAUCAUGGUCGACUACACAGGCAACAAAAGCCAGAAAGGAGCCAGACCAGCAGCCCAGGCAGCUGCUGAAAGCAAGACCCUCAUCGUGAACAACCUGUCCUACAGUGCUACAGAAGACUCACUCCAGAGUGCAUUCGAAGGGGCCGUUUCCAUCAGAGUACCACAGAACAACGGCAGGCCCAAAGGGUUUGCCUUUGUGGAGUUUGAGAGUGCGGAGGCAGCCAAGGAGGCGUUGGAGAACCUUAAUGGAACCGAGAUCGAGGGCAGGCAAAUCCGGCUAGAGUACAGCCAGAACAGUGGCGGCAGAGACGCUGGAGGCAGAGGAGGAUCCGGAGGUCCCACAAAAACCCUGUUUGUCAGAGGGCUUUCUGAAGACACCACAGACCAGUCGCUCAGAGACGCCUUUGACAGUGCCACCGGGGCCAGAGUGGUCACAGACCGUGACACAGGCAAUUCUAAAUGCUUUGGCUUUGUCGACUUUGACAGCGAGAACGACUGCAAGGCAGCCAAAGAGGCCAUGGAGGGCGGCGAGAUUGACGGCAGCAGCGUGAACCUGGACUACGCCAAGCCCAAGGGCGACAGCGGUGGAUUCCGUGGGGGUCGGGGAGGCUUCGGCGGUGGCAGGGGAGGUCGCGGUGGUGGAUUUGGCCGUGGUGGCGGCGGCGGUUUCGGCGGUGGCAGGGGAGGUCGCGGCGGUGGCUUUAGAGGGGGUAGAGGAGGUGACCGUGGGGGUGGACGUGGUGGGUUCAGAGGUGGAAGAGGCGGUGGAUUCGGAGACAAGCCCCAGGGCAAGAAGAUCAAGUUUGACGAUUAAAAUCCCUGUCUUUUACUGUUUUGAAAAGACUCUGUUUUCAUCACCGUACCUAUACGCUGGCAGAGCCUUUUGGACAUUCCAGAAAGCUUAAUUGAUAUAUAACUGUAAGGGCUCUCUAGCCCCCCCCACCCCCACCACCACCAAACCCUCUUCACCCUCUCUGCUUGAGAGCUGCCUGUGAGUUUUGAAAUGGCCCAUCUGCAUCCUGCAUCAUCCAUAUGAGUUUAUUUUUGUUUUUCCAAAAGAGUAAAUGGAAUGUCUGGCAACUCUGUUUGCAGUGGGGGGGGGAAAAAAGCCCUGUUUGUUCAGGUACAUAUUGUACAUUUAACAAUUUGUAUUUCCUUUUACCUUUUGUAAGAAAGUGCUGUGUCCUUAUGUUUUUGUUAUAGUUUGCUCUAGGUGCGACUGUUUUACCGUAAAAUGUGCAAGGCGUAUUGUAAUGGAAGGAAAGAUUAAAUCAGCCCAUGUCUGUUGGGCGUUUAGAAUCUGGUAAAUUGGUGUUUUGUCAUGUUUUGGGUGGGGUACAGUCAAUGUCUUAGAGGUACCAGAGGCUUCAAAUAACAUUUAAAAGUGUAACAUAUAUUUGUAGUGCGUUGACUAAAUCUUGCUGUUUGAAAAUGUACGGUUUUCACAAAUGUGAUAACUGAAUAAACUGAAGUGGUGAUUUUU